CUUAAAAUCUGAAUUCAUAGGUUAAUUUUUUAAGAAUAACUAUAAUGAAAAUGUUUAAUAAAUAAAGAUUUAGCUUCGGAUGUUAUAAUGCAUAGUUGAUUGAAGAUGUCAUCGUAAUUUGAUAACUUUAUAUAUUAUCUUUAUACAUGUCUUCAAAUGACUCAAAUAGAAAGCUCCUCUACCUUUCUGCUGCAGCCAUUUGUAAAGAAAGUGGCUUCGAAGGUGCAAGCGAUGUUUGUUUAGAAACGUUAACUGAAUUGUUGCAAGCAUAUUUAACAGAACUCACUCGAACUUGUAGAUGCUUUAGUGAACUUAGUCAUCGAACAACUCCUGAUUUUACUGAUGUCAAAAUGGCAUUAGCCGAAGUUGGAGGAACACUAAAUGACAUUCACAUGUUUUCUAAGCAUACACACAACCAGACUUUUAAAAUUGCUCCUACAAAACCUGUAAUAGAAAAUAAAACGCUUAAAUGUGGACUUCCUAAAAUAACCCCACCUUCAUACAUUCCAACUUACUUUCCAGAAUACCCUGAAGUCUACUCAUUUGUUCAUACUCCAACAAUUCGAAAACCGCCUAGUCAAUAUCAAGUUGUUCGUGAGCGAAUGGCGUCUCAACGUCAAAUGACUGAGGCUUCACUUAUAAAAUAUAUUGACAGGACAAAUCCAUCAGACACACAAAUUUUUGAAAAUGUUGACACCAAGUUAUAUCCUAUCUCUACUGUAUCUACUGAACCUUGGCCCUAUUUAAAUGCGUUGUUAUUAUCAAAUAUAGUUUCUGACGGAAUAGAACCAAUGCAAACAACAGAUGAAAUUAAAGUCUCAUCCAAUAAUUUAAUAAAUGCAGACAACCCUUAUAUAUUGCUGCCGAAAAAGCAACGUAUAAAGUAUUAAAUAUCCUUCAAAACUAUUAUAUCUUUUAAUAUAUUAAGUUUUUUGAUAAAUGUUUUGAAAGAAUCCUUUUUAGAAUAGUACAAUUCAACAACAA